AUGUGUAUAAGAGACAGCCUAAAAUCUAAUAAUACUCAAGUUCCAAUCUACACCUUUGAGAAUUGGUGGAAUAAAAAAUGGAAAGAAUAUUUAGAUGAUCAGCAACCGCUGUUCGUUUUAACUGGUGAUGGUUCAACUGAACAUUUAAAGAUCGAAAAAAGUAAUGAUUAUGUUGAAGAUGAUGAUGAUUCGUCAAUCUCUGGAAUUGCAACAAAAAAUUCAUUAAGUUUGACAAUUGUGUUACGAGCUUUUAUCUUUUUUACUCUUCAUAUGGAUAUGCCUGUCGCACUUUUGCCUGGUUUUGAAUUUAGAAAUUCACAUGUACAUUCGUUCUUAAUUGAAAGAAGUGGUAAUGUUGAUCUUAAAACUCAAACGAAGUUAGCUGAUAUUGAGAAUUUUACUACAGAAGCGUUUAAGAAUUAUGACGAAAAGUCAAAGUGGAUUAAGGAUUCUGUUGAAAAAUUUGAUUUGAUAACACCUAUCAAAGAUUUAUUAACUUCCAAAGAAUGUUUAGACGUAUGGUCAAAUGGAGGGAAAAGAAUCGCUCUUGUUUUAUUAUCUUUGACGGGAGUCUUGACCAAUAAUAGUGACAAACCAGAUUUUCAUUAUCUAGCAAGAAUAUUUUUGCUUCAUCUUAUUCUAUUAGAUUACCUCCCUUUAAAGUCAAGAGUUAUACCACCAGUUGAUGAUGAUGAUGAUGAUAGUACAAAAGCAAAGACGAGAGUCGACCUCUUCUUGCAAGAUGUUUAUACUUAUUGUACUAAAAUUUAUAUCACUGACAUUCCUCGUGAGGAAAUGAGAAAUUUUCAAGAUUUAAAUAAUAAUCUUUAUGAUCUUUUAGAUGCACGACUUUUUGUAUCUUUAAUCCAAUUUCAGUGCGAUGGCGUGUUAAAAUUUAAUAAUCUUCCUACUGAAAUUAAGCAACAAUUUGACACUUGUUGGAAUCUUUUAGAACGAUUAUGCGAAUGUAAUGGGCUUAAUUCUUUAGAUAGUGAUAAUGAAAAAUAUAACAAAAAGUUUCGAAUUAAAUCUUAUCAAAAAUCACAUUUAGAGUAUGACAAAGAACCGAGCCUUCUUCCUUUUGAAUAUGAGUUCUUUAAAGGGUGUCUUGGGGAUAUGAAUUUAAAACUUUCUGAAGAUCCAGAUUUAGAAGCAGAAAUUGACGUACCCCGUUAUGGAUUAAUUGAAGACGUUGAUUAUGAUGAAAGCACAUAUAACUAUUCUCUAAAGAUAUCCAAAGGUCCCAAAGUCAUUAAGUCAGCAGCCUAUUAUGAGAAACAUAAAAAUUCUAUGGAACGGAAAGGCUAUCAGCAAUAUGUGAGGUUCUUGGAACAAUAUGCGACUUCAUUAAAUGGUACACAAGGAACAAGAUCGUCAUCAAAAUCAUCGAAAUCAUCAAAAUCAUCAAAAACAACUUCAAAAUCAGUUAAGAAAGAAGCUACUGGUACAAAAAAAGCAAGAGAAAAAAUUGAACAAGGAAGUCUAAAACAAUCUCGGAACGCAUCUGAUAAGUACCUCGAUGAUGCAUUAAUAGAAAUUUCGAAGGGCGGAAAUCUUGAAAAAACAGACAAAAUCAAACAUCCAUUUACUAUGCUCAGGGGACAAUUCAAAAAGUUGGAAUUCUUGUUUAAACUUUGGACCGAACAUUGUAUGAAUUCUCAGGUGAAAAUAUUUUAUAUCGCGCAAAAUUUCCAAUCCUUCUUUGACGAAAAAAUGAAAGAAAUCUUAGUUAAAGUUUUAGGUCGACUUAAAUUAAAUGAUUGUAGAAAACGCUUGAAGAAAUUGCCUACAAUUGCUCCAAAAGAAAAGCCGUUUAAAUUUGAUUUUCCCAGUGAUUGGACUGAUUUAUCUAUUGGGAUGUCUGACGCGAGAUUUCAAAUGUUAUAUGCUGAUGAUCCUCGAGUUCAACAUUUUAAGCCAGAUGCAUGGCAAGUUGAAGUUUUGGAUGUAAUUGAUAAAGACGAAUCUGCGUUACUUUGCUGCCCAACUUCGUCAGGGAAAACUUUUAUAUCAUAUUAUGCAAUGGAAAAAGUUCUUAAAGAGAGUGAUGAUGGAAUUUUGAUAUAUGUUUCUCCUACGAAGGCUUUGGUUAAUCAAGUAACAGCUGAGGUUUAUGGUCGUUUCGAGAAAAGCUAUGAUCAUGGUGAUAAAUCCACUUGGGGAAUAUACACUAGAGAAUAUCGCGAAAACCACGAUAAAUGUCAAAUUCUUAUAACAAUUCCGCAAAUGCUUGAAACGUUAAUUUUAUCUCCAGAACGUGCAUCAUGGGCUCGGAAUAUAAAAAGAAUUAUUUUUGAUGAGAUUCAUAUGAUUGGAUCAGAAGGUGGCGAGUUUUAUGAUCGUUUACUAUUAUUAAGCAAAUCCAUUCCAAUUUUGGCCCUUUCUGCUACAGUCGGGAAUCCAGAACCAUUUAAUGAAUGGAUAGCUAAAUCUAGAGAAGCUCGUAAACAAAAAAUGAAACUUAUUAUAACAAAGAAGAGAUUUUCAGAUUUACAACAAUAUGUGUAUUUACCAAAAUUUCCAUUGACGUCACUUAUUGAGACAACACUAUAUCCAAAAGAAAAACAGCGACAAAAUAAGAGUAUAAUUCCUAUUAAUCCAGUAUUCACAUUAUCAAUGAGUAUUUUAAAAGAAUGUGGAUUCCCUGGCGACAUGAAACUAGUUCCCUCUCAAUGUGUUCAACUUUGGGAUGUAAUGAAAAAAUACGUAGGUGAUAAUCCACCUGAUGGAUUUAACGAAUUAGAUCCUAAUAAAUACUUUAAAGAGAUCGGUUAUAUUGUCAAAGAUGACGCUGAUAAUUAUGAAGAAAAACUUAAGGAAGUUUUUGUGAGCUACGCAAAAGAUGAAUCUUUAAAUCAUAUUAUAAGAUCAACCAUAGAUGAAUUAGGAAAUGAUAUUGAAAAUGGAUUUACAGAAUUAGAAUCAACAGCAAAUACCACUCGAUGUGUUCAACUUUUUGGCGUAAUGAAAAGAUAUUUGGGCGAUAAUUCAUCUAAUGGAUUUGAUGAAUUAAAUCCUGAUAUAUAUUUUAAAGAUCAAGGUAAAAUUGCUAGAGAUGAUGUUGAUAAAUAUGAACAAAAACUUAAGCGAGUUUUUAUAAAGUGUGUUCAACCUUGGAAUGUAUUGAAAGAACAUGUUAGUGAUAAUCCACCUGUCGAAUUUGACAAGUUAGAACCUAGUAUUUAUUUUAAAGAUAAUGAUCAUAUCGCUAGAAUAGACGUUGAUGAAUAUGAACAAAAACUUAAGCAGGCUCUUGAAAAUCACGACACUGUAGAAUCGGAUAUUGAAGAGUUAGGAACGUAUAUUAAAAAUGGAUUUGCAAAAUUUGCAUCAACAUCUAGUGAACUAUCUAAAAAAUUUGAUGUUUAUGGGGAUAAAUUUCUUGAAGAGGGAAUUGUACCAUUGCUAUGUGAACUAUCGGCUCAAGAUAAACUUCCCGCUAUUUUGUUUCAUUUUGAUGAAAAAGGAUGUGAAGAACUUGCAUUUAAUAUUUUAAAACAAUUAGAAUUAGCGGAAAAAGAAAAGAGAGAUAAUGACCCAGAAUAUCAAGCUAAAAAGAAAACAGCAAUGAUGCGAAGAGAUACUUAUGAAAAAGAUUUAAAGAGAAAACGAGAUAAAAAAGCUACUACUGCUCCAGAUGAUGAACCAGAAUUAGAAGAAAAAAUUCCAUCCUUUUUUGAUUGGGAAGCCCAUGAUCCCAAUUUUACUUUCGUAAAUCAAAAAGGUCGAGUUACUUCAGAUGAAUUCGAAGAAAUUACAAAAUUUCUACGCGAUAAACCGAAAGAUAAUUACAAGUUAUUAUUAGCAGCAUUAGAAAGAGGUAUCGGAAUUCAUCAUACAGAUCUUCCAAGAAAAUAUCUAAGUGCGGUUGAGAUUCUUUUCAGAAGACGUUAUUUACAAGUAGUCAUUGCAACUGGUACUUUAGCUCUUGGUAUAAAUAUGCCAUGCAAAACGACUGUAUUUGUUGGAGAUUCAAUUUCUCUUACCGCUUUACAAUAUAGACAGAUGUCUGGAAGAUCUGGGAGAAGAGGCUUUGAUCCACUUGGUCAUGUAGUGUUCUUUGGCUUGACACAUACAAAGAUAGUAAGACUUCUGAUGUCAAGAUUACCAAAACUUUCACGUCAUUUUCCUUUAACGACGACACUCACUUUGCGUUCCUUUAAUUUUCUUAAUUCAUGUAAAACUAGAAGUGAGGAUGAUUAUAAUUAUGCUAAAGAUACCAUCAAAGGGUUAUUUGGUGAAUCUUUCUUUUUCCUUGGUAAAGAAUAUUUACCUGAACAAAUUAAAUUUCAAUUAAGAUUUUCUGUUGAAUAUUUGAGACAUGAAAGUUUUUUGAGUCCAAAUGGCAAAUUAAUCAAUUUAUCUGCCGUGGUUUCACAUUUGAAUUAUUAUGAGCCAAGCAACUUUGCAUUUGCUAUUUUAUUUAAGCAUGGCGUAUUUCACACAAUUUGUUCAGAGUCAAAAACAAAUGAAGAAAUCAUGAAUAGCUUGAUCUUAGUUCUUUCUCACUUAUUUAAUAGAUUGAAAUUACGUAAAAUUUCGGGAGAUUGGUAUAAAAAUAAUGACACUCCUUCUAAAAUCAUCCUACCUCCUUUAUCAGAAAAUAUUAAAAAUAUUUUAGAACAACAUAAUGAACGUAUUUUAGAGUUAUAUACCGAUUAUGUUAUAACUUAUGCAAAAAAUAAUGCCUCUAGAAUGGGACUUGAUAAUAUUUUACCUUUAUCAUCAAUUAAAGUUCCUUCCAAAAAUUUAGAUCAAAAUUUGUUGAAAGAUCCUUUAAUUUCUAAAUUUGGAUCCGAUGCUAUUUCAUUUAUUACUCGAUCUCCUUUUAUUGCAGUGUGUAGUUCUCUUGGUGAUAUCUUCAAUAAUUUAGAAGAUUUAACUAGUCAUCUUCAUAGUGAAAUAUAUUUGGAUCUUCAUAGUAUGCCUUUUAUUAAUACAGACGAAAUUCUUAAUGCGUAUAUUAGUGAUUUUUUCUCUCAUGGUCAUGAAAAAGCUCUUGUUGAAGCAAAUGGGAUAAGACGUGGUGAGGUUUGGCAGGUUUUAAAUGAAUUUUUUGGGGUUAUUUCAUCAAUAGUUAUUGCUUUAAGAAAUAGAAAUUUUUCUUAUGGUUUAGAAGAAAAAGAUGAAAUAGUUCUUAAAGGAUUUGAAAUGACUUUAGAACACUUUUAUGAAAAAUUUGUAAAGACUUUUGUAUAAAACGUUUAUUAAUUGACUUUAAAUUGUUUUUUUUUAUUUAC